CUUUAGUUCUAUCUUCAAAGUUUAAAGUUUUAGGAACAUACGAUGAGAGCAUAUUUGAAGGAGAGCGAACGUACUUUUGUUUAUACGAAGAUUAAUUUGGAAUGCACUGGAGAGUAAACUGAUCGAUGCCUAAUUAAUAAGAAAUAACAAGUGACAACAUUAAAAAAGACAAAACACAAACUGUAGAUGAGCAAGUGCUCGAUGCAUCUGAAACAAUAAAUUUUUAGAUUAAGGUUGGAUCUAUUCAAUUAAAGAUUGCAUGAUUCACUGUACUGUGAUAAUGGACUAACUAGCUGGACAUUUAGAUUAAGUAUAGAAUUUAAAUUUUGAUUCACAUUAACUAUUAACCGUUAUGGAUGAAACUGAAAAACCCCAGAAUGGCCACAUGCCAACUGUAAAGACUAUAGAGCCGGAUGAGGUGCAGCCUUUGCUGUAUGGAUGGGGAGGAUUCACACCGAAAUGGCUGCAGAAGAUCAACAAAUCUUGGUGUUUUCUUAUAUGUUUAUGUCUCAUGAACUUUUGUAUGUCCGGCAGUGUAAAUGGACUGAUUGGGACAAAUCUGUCCUCAAUAGAGAGGAGAUAUGACCUGAAUAGCACAGUCUCUGGACUUAUCGUCAGUGCUUAUGACAUUUGCUGCGCCGUGCUUGUCCUUUUCGUGGGAUACUUCGGGGCAACUGCCCACAAGCCAAAAUGGUGCGCAGUUGGCGUAUUUGGAACAGGGCUAGGAUCUCUCGUAUUUAUCCUCCCACAUAUAGCAACAGGACCAUACCAGUAUGCGGCUAGUGGUCAGUCAGAGAAUCUCUGUAUCCCCGGACGAAACGACAGUUAUGAUAUGUGUGGGGACGAGAGUCAGGGUUCUCUCUCUAACUGGGGAUAUGUUUUUUUCAUUGGAAAUUUCCUCCAUGGCACAGGAUCGAUCUUCAUGUACACUGUUGGGGUUGCUUUCCUCGACGAAACCACCACAAGGGACAUGGCAGCAUUAUUUAUAGGAAUAUUCUAUGGCAUGGGAGUGAUUGGCCCUGCGGUGGGAUACGCUUUGGGAGGUGCGCUGUUGCAGAUCUUCGUAGACACGGGAAAAGUCGAUAUGAGCAAGGUCGGGAUAACAUCAAGUGAUCCACGAUGGAUCGGCGCAUGGUGGCUGGGCUUUGCUAUAUUUGGAUCUAUCACACUUUGUCUUGUGAUCCCUUUUGCGGGAUUUGCGAGAGACAUACCAGGUGCAAAAGAAAUACGAGAAAACAAGAAGUCUGAGACCCAUAAGGCAGACAAUACAGACGCACCUUUGUUGGAGACUUCAAGACAUAUCCGAGACUUACCACGAAGUGUCUGGAUGCUCAUCAAGAAUCCUGCAUACCUCUUUUCAACUGGGUACUCUCUCACAGAAGCUGUGCUCAUUAGUGGAUUUAGUGCAUUUGGUCCAAAGUAUCUAGAAAAUCAGUUUCAUCUAAAUGGAGGAUUUGCAGGAAUGCUGUUUGGAAUAAUUGCCGUACCUGGUGGAGCAGGGGGGACAAUAUUUGGAGGCUACAUCAUUAAGAGGUUCAACAUGACAUGUACACAAAUGGUUAAACUGCAAUUCCUCUUGGCCGUGUUAUCAAUGUGUAUGGCACCUUUGUUCUUUGCGAAGUGUGACGAAUUGCCAUUUGUUGGAGUCAACAGGCCAUACAAUAACAGCGUUCUACGUAAGGAAAACUUCACCGAAGUUUGCAAUACUGGCUGCGAGUGUUCCAACAUGCGCCAGGAGCCGAUCUGUGGUCGAGAUGGCAACAUGUACUUUUCUCCUUGCUAUGCUGGUUGCUUAGAUAUGGACAAUAGUAACCCCAAGCGAUUCUUCAACUGCAGCUGUAUCCCUAGUCCAGAUUUUACUACACAUGGCGCUGAGCAAAGUGUCUGCGCUUCCAACUGCACUCUUCUCCCUCUGUUCAUUAUCCUUUGGUUCAUCGUCAUGUUCUUUACGUUUACCGGCAAUGUGCUUAACGUCAACUUCAUCCUCAGGGUGGUGCCAUCUGACGAGCGAACUACGGCAGUGGGGAUACAAUCAACAGUGUUGCGUUUGUUAGGAACGGUACCCGGGAAUAUCUUAUUUGGAGCUGCUCUGGAUCGCGCCUGUGUUCUUUGGUCAACUACGUGCUCGGGGCGUGGUUCGUGCAGUACAUAUGACAAUUUCAACAUGGCGGUUUACAUGUCUGUCAUUGGUGUCUGCUUUAAAUUUGGGUCAUCUUUCUUUACAUUCCUCGCUUGGAGAUUUUAUAAACCUCCAGAUGAUGUCAAGGACCUCGCCGAGGUUAAAGAGAUCAAAGAGGCAGAAAAUGACAAUAACAACUAUGCAAACAUUGAUGAAGCAAAUGAGUUGAAGAAAACUAAAGACAAUGGCAUUGUAAGGAGCAUCAAAGCAAUAUUAUGGAGCAAUAUGCUGGAUGAGUCUACAAGUUUGUGAUAUAACCUUACCAUUCCAAUGCAUUGAAUACUUACGUCCAUACAUUGUGUAUUAAUCAUGUUUGUGCUGCAGUUUUACAUGGACGAUAAAAAUAAUUUAAGGACGUCGUCUUACUCGAUGCCUUAUUCCCGACUUAUCAGUAUUUCGUGUUCAAACAUUCCCCUCCAAUCGACAACAUACAGGUAUCAACAGAUCAAGAUCACCUUAUAAAUCAUGGGUUAUAGACUGGAGUUGUCCAGCAGCAUGAGUCUGUAAAGAUCUAGGCUUUUAAUCUGAUUUUAUGGGCCUUGCCAAGGAGUUUUUGAAUCAGGACUUUACAGUGUUUACGGCUGUAAAAUAUCUGCUUGUGUGGUCUCAUAAUGAAAUAUUCCUGAAUGCAUUUGCAAAACUGUCUAAACGACAAUGUACAUUCUUGUCAUUAAGAUUUCAAGACAAAAUAAACGUAAAAUAAAACUGAGAAAACAAAA